AUGCCAAGUCGGUUCCUUAAACUCGUCAAUAUGGAGUUAUCCAAUGGCACCAAGAGUAUAGGUGCAUUGGUGGAAAACGAUCGAAAGGUUGUUGAUCUAUGUGCACUCGAACCAAAUAUUCCACGUGACAUGAAAUCAUUCUUGAAUGGUGGAAUGAAAUUAUUAAAUCUUGCUUCUCAUACAUUAAAUCAAAAUAUUUCAACCAAUUCAAUUGAAAUAUCACAAGUUAGAGUAAAAGCACCAAUAUAUGAUCCAGAGAAAAUCAUUUGUAUUGGAUUGAAUUACAAGGAGCAUGCAAUCGAGACAAAGAUGCCAUUCCCAUCGGAACCCAUUGUAUUUUCAAAAUAUUCCAAUUGUAUCGUCGGACCAAACGAUAAUAUCUUGGCACCAAGAAGUAUACUAAAGGACGAACUAGACUAUGAAGUUGAAUUGGUGGUCGUAAUGGGAAGGGAAGCACGUAAUGUUUCUAAAGAGGAAGCAUUAGAGUUUGUGGCUGGAUACACGGUUGGUAAUGAUGUGUCGGCUCGUGAUUGGCAACUAAAGCGGUCUGGUACACAAUGGAUGCUCGGUAAGACAUUUGACACGUUUGCACCAAUUGGACCUGCCAUCUUGGUCAACCCUCUCAUGCUUGCCAACAAUAGUGGUGCCUGUGCCAACGAUUUCGAUCCAAAUAGUCUCAAUGUAAAGUGUACAGUCAAUGGCAACGUCCUCCAAAACAGCAAUACCAAAGAGUUUAUUUUCAACAUACAAGAGGUCAUCUCUCACUUGUCCAAAGUCAUGACUCUCAAGCCCGGUGACAUCAUCUUUACAGGUACGCCAUCUGGUGUAGGUCUCGGUAAAUCACCUCCAGUCUAUCUUAAAAAUGGUGAUAUUGUAACAUGUGAAAUUGAAAAUAUAGGUCAAUUGGUUAAUAAAGUUAAGGAUAUUUAA